AUGGAGAGCUUAAUGCAACCCGAUGACUCGGUCUUGUACGAAGUGAGGAUUUUCGUGGAUGGUCUCUGUGUGGCGUAUGUAUUCACCAUCGGCGUUUUGUCCAAGGUUGUGUUAACAAACGCAUACACAGAGGCAGCAUUUUCAGUCAGAGGACUGCUUGGCCCCAUGUUAUCGGCAAGUUGUUCUCUCAAAGUCUAUCUCAGCUCUCAGGUCGAUAAGAACGGCAAUCAGGACAGCCUUCGCUUUCCCCCUUUCCACCAAGAGAUAUUGCAACAAAGCCAUUGGGAUGCCGGGGAGCUGCACGGCCGCAUUAGGGUGACCAUUUCUGAAGGGUUUUCACGCCCUCAUCGCUCGCCCCCCUUCGAAAGGUUCAAGGACAUUAUUGCAUUCUCCUUUCAGCAUGCUCCGCUUCACAUAUUGGAGUACUCCAACAUAGCUUGGCCCAACGCCGGCAUGUGGUGUCAAAUCCCUUGUAACUUUUUCAAGUAUCACUCCGGAACUGGUUACAGCGGCUAUAGCGAUCCAAAGGAAGCGGAUGACGCACAUGCCCAUUCGCCAACUCGACACGAGACUCGAAAGCCUGGAACUGGGAGUAGCCAGACUAGCAGUCAGCCGAUACCUUCUACGUGGCCAUAUAGGAUCUUUCCAACUCCAUUGCCACAUUGGUCGAGUGGACCGAGAGAUCCAAGAUUUGCUCCCCAAGAUCCCCCCUUGCCAGAUCCAUUUACAGAGCCGUUUAUGGGAGGGCAUGGUCCAUCUCGCCGGGCGAGGUCAACUUUGGAAGAUGUCCCGAUGCCGGACUAUGUCGGCUCAAGUUCCACGAGUAGCCGUGCUAUCUCGAACAUGACUGGGAUCAGCUACGAGCACAAUAAGCAGCCCAGCAUCACUGCUCCUGCUGAUGACGAACAAUACAACGAACUGAUUGAGGCGAUGAGCCCUACGAAACCGCUUUCUACUGGAACCUUCGCACCAACGAACACACCUUCAUACGUCCCAACAACAGUGACUCGACCGUCGGCAGCCGCGAAGGCUCGAACCGAAUCGUACUCUCAGAGCGGAUGUCGACCGACAGGGCCCAAGGAAAUCUCGCAGCCUGGAACUAGGGACGUGUCCGGCUCCAGUGCGAAAUCCGGUCCAGCAGUGGAACACAUUGUUGAAACCAAUGCAACUCGCAGAGUCCUUGUCAGUCCGAGCGGGAACAUCAAAGGUAAAAAGGAGACAAAAGGCAUUUGCAGCAACAAGGAAAAUGAACCAGAUGGGACCGGUGAGAAUUCCGGCAGAGAGAUGAGCAAGAUAGUCAAUAACCAGCCGAGAGUCGUCGUCCGGACUAGCGAAAGUGCUGUGCAUGUCUCCAGUGAGAUAAAAAGGAAGAGGCCGAGCGGAAGAUCCCUAGAGGGUUCUCAGACAAACGAUGACAUUGCCAGUUCGUCUCCUACGAAGAAGAUGUCUCGAGUCGAUAGACGAGAGAGCACUCAGCAGGAGAGCAUUGACGAGUACGUCGAUACCCAUCCACAAGCCGGAACCGAUGGGACUGGCGAGAUCGAAUAG